AAGUCCGGGGGUCUGUGUUACCGAGGCACCGGUCCGGCUUUUUUCCUUCCGCCCUCCGCUGAGUUUUGUUUUCCCCCCAGCAAUGGCAUCCGGCCUGGGGAGGCUGCUGUUGCGGGGGCCUCGCUGCCUCCUGGCCCCGGCCGCCCCCACUCUCGUCCCGCCUGUUCGGGGCGUGAAGAAGGGAUUCCGCGCCGCCUUCCGCUUCCAGAAGGAGUUAGAGCGCUGGCGCCUGCUCCGGUGCCCGCCGCCGCCCGUGCGCCGUUCAGAGAAGCCCAACUGGGAUUACCAUGCUGAAAUAGAAGCGUUUGGACAUCGGUUACAGGAGACCUUUUCCUUAGAUCUUCUCAAAACUGCAUUUGUUAAUAGCUGCUAUAUUAAAAGUGAGGAGGCCAAGCGCCAAAACCUUGGAAUAGAGAAAGAAGCUGUUCUUCUGAAUCUUAAAGAUAAUCAAGAACUCUCUGAACAAGGGACAUCUUUUUCAAAAACUUGCCUCACACAAUGUCUCGAGGAUGCAUACCCAGACUUGCCCACCGAAGGCAUUAAGAGUCUCGUUGACUUUCUCACUGGUGAGGAAGUGGUAUGUCAUGUGGCCAGAAACUUGGCCGUGGAGCAGUUAACACUGAGUGCAGAAUUUCCAGUUCCCCCGCCUGUUUUACAGCAGACUUUCUUCGCAGUAGUUGGAGCCUUGCUGCAGAGCAGUGGCCCUGAGAGGACUGCUCUUUUCAUCAGGGACUUCUUAAUUACUCAGAUGACUGGAAAAGAACUCUUUGAGAUUUGGAAGAUAAUAAAUCCCAUGGGGCUACUGGUAGAAGAACUGAAGAAAAGGAAUAUUUCAGCUCCUGAAUCUAGACUUACCAGGCAGUCUGGAAGCACCACAGCUUUGCCUGUGUUUUUUGUUGGCUUGUACUGUGAUAGAAAGCUGAUUGCGGAGGGACCUGGGGAGACCGUGCUGGCUGCGGAAGAAGAAGCUGCUCGCGUGGCGCUGCGGAAGCUCUACGGGUUCAUGGAGAACCGCCGGCCCUGGGACUAUUCCACACCCGGAGGGAAUUUCAGAGCAGAGAAGCUACCCGGCUACCCGGCCAAGCAUGUGGCAGCCUGAGAUCUGCGAGCCAGGCAGUGAGACACAGGUCAGAGAUGCUCACAGCUGGACAUUGUUCAGAUUGUAAAGAAAUAGGUCUUAUUCCUCAUCACGAGUUCCUAAAAUUAAACAAAUAUUCAUCAGGUCAGUGAUUCUUUUUUUUUUUUUCAUUUUUGUUUUGUCAAAAGUCUUUUUAGAUAUCUUCCAGUAAAUUUUUUCUGAAGUCUUUGAUUUUAUUACUGUAUCUCACAUGUAUAGUUAGGCGUAUUUGAUUCCUUUCCGGCUUCAUCAUAAUUUGGGUAUGUGUUUCAUGCGAACUUUAAUGCCAAUAAAAAAGUCAUUCUCCAAA